AUGCAGUUCUCCGCCGCCGUCAUCACUUCCAUUGCCAUGGCCCUUACCGUGGCCGCCGCUCCCGGCAACACUGUCCCGGCCAAGAGAACCACCGACACGCUCACCUACAGUGAAGCCCAGAACAUCUGCGGCAAGGACCUCAGCGUCAGCUGCUGCAACAAGGCCAGUGCCGACACCAACGUCAACAACAACUCCGGAUCCGGAAUCCUUUCUGGCAUCCUGGGUGGCCUCCUCGGCAAUGGUGGCCUGAGCCUUCUCGACGGAUGCUCCUCCAUUGGAGCUGGGAUUGCCAAUGACCUGUUUAAUAGCCAGUGCAAGCAGAGCGUGGCCUGCUGCAAGUCCGACGGCAACACCGCUUCUGGUCUCGUUGCUGUUCAGCUUCCUUGCAUCCCCAUCUCUGGUCUUUUGUAA